CAAGGAACAAUUUUUUAUUAUUAUUAUUAUUAUUAUUAGCCUAGGUUUAGAACAUUGUUGUGCCAAUAGGAGAAGUAGGCCUAAGUGUAUGUUUGAUUUUCAAUUUUAUUUCUAGGUAUUGAAUCCAGAUUGCACAUCCAUCCUCGUUUUACCUGACAAUGACUCAACCCAAUGGAAUUUUAACAUGCAUGAAAGUGAAAAUAUCCAAGUUGAAAGAGAAACUAGUAAAGACGUACAUCUUCUUAAUUUCAUUUCAACUCCAGUAGAACCAGAGUCAAAUGAAUGGGAGCUAGAGACGAUAACACAAGUGACAAACAUGGAACAAGAAUCUGGAGCAUCGACAACACUGGAAGAUUUAGAUGAUGCGCUAUCUUCUGUGAGCGACUUAUUUGAGAAUGACAUCGAUGAUCCAACAUACACUCCACCUUCAGGUUCAGAGAGUGAUUCAACUUUAAGUAACGAUUUAGAACAAGUACAAAGUCAAUCUGUAAGUACAAAUACUACAGCAAAUAAUAAUAAUAUAAUACCUCUGGUACCAUACACCGAUUCAGAUGACACGGAGAGCGAGUUACCGAUAGUUACUCAACCUAAAAAUAAAGGAAGAAAAAGAAUAAGGAAUGAAAAAAAGUGGAAAAAAAAACAUUAGAAAGCAGGGACGAAUUUCUGGAAAAGAGCAUGUCAACUCUAAAGGAGAUAUUGUAAAAGAAAGAACUUUAAGACCUCCUUGUAAAACUACUUGUCGCUUGAAAUGCUCUCAGCGCAUAAGUCAUGCACAAAGAGUACACAUUCAUUCUGACUAUUAUAAUAGUGAAAGAAACUUAAGUUCUAAACGCCAGUAUAUAGUUUCUUGUAUUACAACCAAGCCAAUAGCCAGGUCACGACAAAGAGAUGGUUCUAGAAAUAGUAGAAAAAACAGCCAUACUUAUUUUCUCAAAUGGGAUAACAAUUUUGAAAAAGUUUGCAAACAAUUUUUCUUGAACACACUAGUAAUAUCAGAAACAUUUGUUAAGUUUGCUCUCUUAAAAACCCAAAGUACUGGUAUGGUUGAACCAGACCAUCGUGGCAAACAUGUACCAGGAAACAAAAUACCAGAGACAGCAAAGGAUAUCAUAAGAAACCACAUAUCAAAAUAUCCAGCAUAUGAAAGUCACUAUAGUAGGGAAAGGACAAACAAAAAAUACUUGGGUAAUGAUUUAAACAUUUCCAUAAUGUAUACCAUGUAUGAAAAUGAAUGUAAAGAAAAAAAUAUCAAACCCGAAAAGAAAUGGUUAUUUUCAGAAAUUUUCAAUAGAGAAUACAAUUUGUCAUUUCAUUUGCCAGACAAUGACACAUGUGAUUUUUGUGACAGAAUUGAUUGCCAAUUAAAGAAUGCAAACGGUGAGCAAAAAGAAAACCUUCAAGCAGAAAAGCAGAAGCAUCUAGAUGAAGCAGCACGUAGAUACCAUUUGAAAAAAGAAGAUAAGCUUUUGGGACAAGGAAAUGAAAAAUUUAAAGUUGUUAUGGCAGACCUACAGAAGUGUCUUCCUACUCCAGCUCUCACAAACUGUCAAAGCUUCUACUUGAGAAAGCUCUGGACUCUAAACUACACCAUUGACGACAGUAGUGGAAAGAAAACGUGGUGCAUGAUUUGGAAUGAGACCACUGCAGGUAGAGGUGGAAGUGAGAUGGCUUCUUGUUUGUUUACCUGGGCAAAUGAAGAGCUCAAUAAA